CUUGACCGGAAACUCUUCCUCCUCAGGUUGGCAUCAACUGGAGCAAAAUGACAUCACAGGUAGAUGAGGAGGAGGGUGACGUACAAGUUGGGACCUGGACUAUAGGAAAAAGUCAGAGGGGAAAGAGUUUGGGGUAAUCUAGGAAAGAGGAAGGAUCAGGUAGGAGCCAGACAAAUAAAAGAAGCUAUGAUGAGAAUAGUCCGUAUGAGCUAAAAUGGCUUUUGUCAUUUCCCACCUGACUGGUCGUGCGGAGGCCUGGGCUACUGCUGAAUGGAGCCGCAAUUCUGCCGCUUGUCAUUCCUGGCCAUCUUUCGUGAAGACGACGGAGCAAGAAUGGGCAGCUUUACCAUCAGAGAAAAUCAAGAGCGUCAUCCACAACAACCACAAAAGACUCUAAGCAGUCAUUGAUGUUUAAGGGGCCAAUACAUGCUAUGAAAAACUGUCGGAUGUCAACUUUUGACCGGGGUCAUUUGUGUCCUUUCUGUUGUCAUUAGGAUUUAAAAAGAGGAAACACAGUUGUUUGAUAAUAAAUGGCUUCACCCAAGUACUUACCAUGAGUGAAAUAAACGUUUUUGUUAUCAUUCAUAUUCUCUGAGAAAAUCGCCAAGAAAGCGGGCGUGCUGGAGCCUAUCCCAGCUGUCAUCGGGCAGGAGGCGGGGUACACCCUGAACUGGUUGCCAGCCAAUCGCAGGGCACAUAGGAACAAACAACCAUUCGCACUCACAGUCAUGCCUACGGGCAAUUUAGAGUCUCCAAUUCAUGCAUGUUUUUGGGAUGUGAGAGGAAACCGGAGUACCCGGAGAAAACCCACGCAGGCACGGGGAGAACAUGCAAACUCCACACAGGCGAGGCCAGGGAUUGAACCCGGGUCCUCAGAACUGUGAGGCUGACGCUCUAACCAGUCGUCCACCGUGCCCACUAUUUACUGUCCAAGCUCCUGUACAGUUGGUGGCCAUAAUGUACUGAUAAAUUCGCCAAUAAACUUCAAAGAAGAAGAAGUCUUUCUCCACUCCCCCCUCCCCCGGGGGGCUCUGCUAGCUAGCACAUCGAAUCGGCUAGUUAGCUCGACCGGCUCUUUAAAGUCGUGCUCUAAUCAUUAGAACGGAUAGUUUGCCUACUGUCAUCUCGCUAACGUUCCUCCGAAAAGUGACCAAGAUGAAUAUACGAAACGCCAGACCAGACGACCUUAUGAAUAUGCAGCACUGUAACCUUCUGUGUCUGCCAGAAAACUACCAAAUGAAAUACUAUUUCUACCAUGGAUUGUCCUGGCCACAGCUCUCAUACAUCGCAGAAGAUGAAAAUGGCAAAAUUGUGGGUUACGUGCUGGCAAAGAUGGAGGAGGACCCAGAUGAUGUUCCCCAUGGACAUAUCACAUCCCUGGAUCAGUGAAGUGGAACCCAAGUAUUAUGCAGAUGGGGAGGAUGCCUAUGCCAUGAAGAAGGACUUGGCCCACGUGGCAGAUGAGCUUUCAGUUUGUGACCUCAAGCUGAAGCGCACUUGGGUUCUCUGCAGCAGGAUCCAAAACAUACCAGCAAGUCAACUUCUGAAUGGCUUUUUAAAAAAAAAAAAGGUAUUUGAGCGGCCUCGUCAAAGUCCGGACUUGACUCGAUUGAACUUCAAAAGGCCGUUCAUGCUCGAAACCCCUCCAUUUUUGCUAAAAUCAAACAAUUCUGAAAGGAAAAGUGUGGCAAAAUAUCUCCACAGAGAUGUGAAAGACUCAUUGCCAGUUCGCUUGAUUUCAGUUGUUGCUGCUGAGGAUGGCCCAACCAGUUCUUAGGUUUAUUACUUUUUCACAUAACUUUGAAUAGUUUUUUCCUUUAAUAAAUAAAAUCACCAUUUAAAAAAUGCAGUUGUUUACUUGGGUUAUCUUUGUCUAUGUACAUUUGAUGAUCUUAAACAUGAAAGUGGGGAAUCUAUGCAAAUUUUUUUUUCCGAUUUCUGUCGUUCUCCAUGAAAGCAGACAUCUUUUUGUCAAGUUGAAAUAAUGGCCUGAUUUUGAAUAAAAGGAUGGAUUUAUAGAAAUAAAUAAAAGGAUUGUUUUAAUCCGAGUCAUUGAAUAAUUGA